CCCAGCAUCACUAAAGGAAUUUUGUCCGUAUAUUUCAAGCCUAAUAGCAAUGGAGAUGAAAGCGAACCUGCUCUGCAUGGUCACUUUUUCCUUCCUAUUAGGGCAAGGACUCACAGAUGCCAGUGACGACAAUGAACUACAGAGAUUGUUUAGCGACAAGUUAAAUCGAUCCAUACCAUUGGAAGAUUUUUCAUUAUAUUUCAAAUACGGAGUAAUUCCCUAUCGUUAUGACUUUACAAGCGCUUCCUUCUUUCUUUAUGACAUCGGCGGGAAACUAGAUGGAAACUGCAGCACCAAGCGUACGGAGGGCAAAUACGUGGCGCUCUCUUGCGACUUUAAUCUUUCAAGAAGUUUUGCGCUCUACAGCGUUGAGAAGAAGAAUACGUUCUGGAAGUCACAGUACUUUGUUGCCAAUGCCUCAAUCGUGAAAGGCAGUUUAAAUGUGCUAGUGCAGCUGGACUCGGAUAGUGACACUAACAAACCAAGCGUGGCCUGCUCUGUCAAUGUGAGCGAACUGGGCCUAAGACUCAGUACAUCACAUGUGGCUUAUUCCGUAGCGCUAAAGAAAAAUUCGAGAAAUAUGCUAAGGGAAAUAUAACAGUCAAAAUUCAGAAAGGUUUGCAGAAGUCUUGCGAGUUGUCUGCCGUCCACUUGCAGGAAAUGUGGCGAAAUCAGACGCAAAUAAGCUCAACUGAUGUGCCGAGCGUUACCAUAACAUACGAAGCAUCGGCGAAAAAUGUGACAAUCAAAUCACCAAGCAAAGAAACUUCGACUGAUGCGCCUAGCACAACUCAAGUACGCGAGAACACAACGCCGAGCACGACUGUAACAUCGAAGGAUAAAACUCCAUCUUCGAAAGAAAUAAAACACUGCUAAUGCGGCGA